AUGACAAUAGUUACUCUUAGAUCAAGAAAUGGCGAGUACACAUAUACAAAGGAGUUUGAGUCUGACCACACAAUACUCCAUGUCAAAGAGUAUUUGAAGAGUCAGAUGGAGGGAUACGGCAUGGAGUCUAUUGAGAAGGGGAUAAAGAUAAUUCUCAAUGGGAAGAUUGUGAGCGAUGCUGUCCAGCUCCAUACACUAGGCAAGGAGAGCCUCCAUCUGGUGUAUGAUGUUCCUGGACACAAGGAAAAUGAAAUAUCCAUGGGAGGCGAACGGACUUCAUGUGAGGAGAUAGAGACUAACGACAUAUCGAUUAAGAUAUCUGUGUCUGUUAAAGAAACAGGGGCAAAGAUAAUGGCCAAUCCUGAAGACCUUGUGAUGUUUAAUGGUGAGGUUUACCUGGUUCAAGAAAGAAAAAAGAUACUGACUCUGAAGAGCGUUAUGAACCUGCUGGGAGGCAUCAAGGUCUGUAAAGAGGAUCUUGCUAAGUUUAUGGUUUUCUUCCUCCUUCUGUACACAGGAAAUGGGGGAAUAGUCUUUGUGCUGGGAUGCGUGUUUGCUCUUGAGCUUUUUAGCAGAAGACUCUCUUUAACACACCAAAACCAUUUCAAGAGCAUGGAUCACUUCUGCAGAUCGUUCUACAUGUUCUUUGUUAGUUUGUUCCUUAUAGACCACGGUAGGUUCUAG